CGCAUUUUCAGCUGAAGAGUGUUUCAGUGUGUGUUUGUGUGAGUCAGAAGUGUGGGUCUGCAGCUCGGCUACAUUUUAUGGGAAAGUCAGUUUCCCACCAUUGUGUCCUCGGCGAUUGCCAGACAUUGACAAGACUUGUGGGCUGCUGUGCUGUGUGUGUGGAGAACAGACGCUGCUGGUUUUAGAGAGCAGCACAGGAAGAGGGCGAGUUCAGAUCGAGUUGGUGCCUCUACAGUGAGAACAGGCAGUUCUUCAGAAGUUGUGAGUGUCCAGCUGUCUUUCUGGACCGGUUUUAUUUUUCCAUCCUGUGGUUGUGGAGUGUUGCUGCCCUGCUUUUGAUUUUGAGCGUGGUGGUUCCCGGCGUGUCCUAGCCAGUGGUGCUGUUGCAUUGUUAAGCUACAGGGCUGCAUGCCAUGGGCUGUGUCUUCUCCCUGCCAGAGGACAGGAGAGAUGCUGCUGAGAGAACACCCACCACAAAAGAGACAAGUUUCAUUGAGAAAAUGAAGAAGACAGGCAAGAACAUCAUUGUGUUCUACGGCUCACAGACGGGCACAGCAGAGGAAUUUGCUAACAGACUGUCCAAAGAUGCUCAGCGCUACGCCAUGAAAGGAAUGGCUGCCGAUCCAGAGGAAUAUGACAUGGGGGAACUGUCCCGUUUGACGGAGAUUAAAAACUCCCUUGCCAUAUUUUGCAUGGCCACCUAUGGAGAGGGAGACCCAACAGAUAACGCUCAGGACUUCUAUGACUGGCUGCAGGACAAUGAUGAUGAAAACCUCUCUGGACUAAACUACACUGUGUUUGCGCUUGGCAACAAGACAUAUGAGCACUAUAAUGCAAUGGGAAAAUACGUCGACAAAAGGCUGGAAGAACUGGGAGCCAACCGCAUCUUUGACCUUGGUUUGGGAGAUGAUGACGGCAAUCUGGAAGAAGACUUCAUUUCUUGGAGAGAGCAGUUCUGGCCGGCCGUCUGUGAGCACUUUGGAGUGGAAGCCUUAGGAGAUGAAUCAAGCAUACGACAGUACGAGCUGAAGGAGCACACAGACAUCAACAUGAACAAAGUGUACACGGGAGAGAUCGGCCGCCUAAAGAGUUUUGAGGUCCAAAAGCCGCCCUUUGACUCUAAAAACCCUUUCCUGGCCCCAGUAACUAUCAACCGUAGACUCAACAAAGGCGGCGAUAGACAUCUUAUGCACCUGGAAUUAGACAUAACAGGCUCCAAGAUCAGAUACGAAUCAGGAGAUCAUGUUGCUGUUUUCCCUACGAAUGACUCUGGUUUGGUGAACAAGCUGGGACAGGCCCUUGGGGUGGACCUUGAUGUGGUUAUCUCUCUCAACAACCUUGAUGAGGAGUCCAACAAGAAGCACCCCUUCCCUUGCCCCACCACCUACCGUACAGCCUUGACUCACUAUCUGGACAUCACACAUCCCCCUCGCACCAACGUCCUCUAUGAGCUGGCGCAGUACGCCUCUGAUCCCAAAGACCAAGAGAACAUGCGCAAGAUGGCCUCCUCCUCACCCGAAGGCAAGGCACUCUACCAGAGUUGGGUGUUGGAUGCCAGUAGAAACAUCCUUGCCGUCCUGGAGGAUAUGCCCUCUCUUAAACCUCCUGUUGACCACCUGUGUGAGCUACUGCCUCGCCUCCAGGCUCGCUAUUAUUCCAUUGCAUCCUCCUCCAAGGUCCACCCCAACAGUAUCCACAUCUGUGCCGUAGUGGUGGAGUACACAACCAAGACUGGCCGCAUCAACAAGGGAGUUGCCACCAAUUGGCUGAAGAACAAACUGGUCACUGACAACGGCUACAAGUCCACCGUUCCCAUGUACAUCCGCAAGUCUCAGUUCCGUCUGCCCUUCAAAGCCACCAACCCAGUGAUCAUGGUUGGCCCUGGGACAGGAAUCGCUCCCUUCAUAGGCUUCAUUCAAGAGAGGGGCUGGCUCAGAGAGCAAGGAAAGGAGGUUGGAGAGACGGUGCUGUUUUUUGGCUGCAGACAUAAGAAUGAGGAUUAUAUCUACCAGGAGGAGCUGGAGGAAGCUGAGAAGAAAGGGGUCCUGACGCAGCUUAAUGUUGCUUUCUCCAGAGACCAGGAGCACAAGGUGUAUGUGCAGCAUCUCCUGAAGACAAAUAAGGAGCACAUCUGGAAGCUGAUUCACUCAGAGAACGCUCACAUCUACAUCUGCGGGGACGCGAGGAACAUGGCUAAGGAUGUGCAGGCGGCCUUCCACGACAUUGCCGAAGAAUUUGGAGGCAUGACGCAUACCCAGGCCACAGAUUACAUCAAGAAGCUGAUGACUAAGGGACGCUACUCGCAAGAUGUCUGGAGUUAAAGCGUUUCCUAACCAACCUCACUUUCAUUACUCAAGUGAUGGUUUUAAAUUUUCUAUUUUUAUGAUAUGUAUUGUUUUGUCAGGACUGAUUAUCAAAAGAUAAAACACUUGUUCAUACUCACCCUGGUUCAUGAGAGCUACAGGUAGCAGAAUAUCAUGAGGCAAACCCUACCUCAGCUGGUUUUAAUAAACCCAUUUUUGUCUACAUUUCCUACUUAUGUGUACUACUUUGUGUAUCUUGAUCACAGGCUUGUGUCUGCUGGAGUCCUCGCUGGAUCCAGUGUCUCAGACCAGACACCAAUUAGCCAGUCUGUUUUCCCAUGAUCAUUAGGAGAUGUAAAUGAAUUAAUUGGUGAAACUGAGUGUUUGACUGCAACUUUGAGGAAUUAGAUGUAGGAACCUGUGGGCUUGAUUGGAAUAAGAAUGAUGAAAUGCAGCCAAAAGUAAUCAGCACCUCAGAUUUAAUUUGCAUUAGACACAUUUUCAUACUACAUACUAUAAUAUUAAUGAGUUCCUCAGUUUGGCUCCACAGCUUCUUACACUGAUGAUGACUCAGAGUAGACAAUGCUAAGUUUAACAGAGACAUGCUGAUCCCAACAUCUACAUGUACAUAAUAUGCCACUGUAAACAUGAAGAUUUAAAUUGAACUUUUAGGAAGGUUAGUCAGUUUGACAUUUUGUGAUAUUUGCAGAUUUCAUUCAGCUGAUGAACAGAUGGUAGCAGAUGCUGUAUGUCUGUUUGAAUUCAGAGUGUUGUGUGUUCCUGUUGCAGGAUCAGCUCUCAGAAGAGCUUUAGAUAUGAUGCUUUGAAAUGCAAAAAAAAAAUUUAAAAUAUCAGUAAUGGAAACCUUUUGAGAGGCACAGCAAGUCAUGCAAAGGGGAAGAUGAUUUAUUGGAGGGGUAAUCCAUGAGAUUUGUUUCCCAUAAAACCCUGUGUUUAAAUGUAAUAAAACUGAAUUUGUACCUACCCUGUAAUAUUUGUAAAACAUUUAAGAUGUUAAAACUAGAUCUGGGCUGCCAAAUAGUUGUAUAUUUUAUAUGCAUCUGACAUCAACAUAUUAUUAACAGGGUUUGUCUGUUAGGUAGCAUGUUUUGUUUUGGGGUUUUUUUGUCUGAUCACAUAUCCCAGCAUAUUUGUGUGAAUGUGGGGAAUUUGAGGAGGUCAGUCAGAGUGGAACUUGUGCCUUUUAGAACUGCCUUAUGUUUUAAGUUAAUAUUAAACCCUGACAUGUCACUUUUCUUUCUCCAUACUAAAACAUUUUUAGAAAGUCAAAUUCAUACACUUUACCCAGCGCUGUCACUUUGUCAUUCCAUUUUAUGAUGUAAUUAUU